CCAACCGGCCCGCGGCUUGCACCGGCACUUGCCGAAUCGCUACAGCCCUGCAUUCCGUUGUAUGUAAACCGUGUAGGGCUCUAGCGGUGUGCUCCGCACAUGCGGUUGUUACACCACGGAUAGUUUGCCGGUGUGACACGGAACACCGCGGCACCUGACAGCACAACGCUGAUUUGUGCUGACCAAUGGAAAUGCGAAUUAAUUUGAUUAUAUCGCAGAGUAUCAACAUCAAACUAUUUCAGGUGGUUUCAAACAUCGAUCAGUAUCUGUUUUUUUGGUUAGCGACUGUUGUUUCGAGCUAUUUUCCAGGCCCAUAUUCCUACUACGAAAGAGUGUCUAAAAUGAUUGUUCCCAGAUCUGUCCAAAGACUCGUUUUCAGUUCUUCCUCCAAAUCAUGGAAUCUCGUUACUCCAUUAUCCAAAAGAUACUUUUCUCACUCGCUAAGACCCUUAAAUAAAUUGGAAGAAUCCACUGACUCGUUGCCAUUGCUAUCUGCCUUGCCUCGUGAAGUCCCAAAGGAAAUUGCCGAGGAAAUAGUAAAUCCUGCCGAUAAAUACAAAGAUCAGUCUCAGGAAUUGCACAAGUUCGGCCAAUAUAUUAUGACUUCCUUGCCCAAGUUUGUUCAAAAGUUUUCAGUUUGGAAAGAUGAAUUGGUUAUAUAUGUUGGCCCAAACUCACUAACUCCUGUCAUGACUUACUUGAAAAACCACACUUCCUGUCAAUUUACAUUAGUUGCUGAUGUCACUGGAGCAGACUAUCCCUCAAGAGUUAACAGAUUUGAUGUCAUUUAUAACAUGUUAUCGGUCAAAUUCAAUUCAAGAAUUAGAGUUAAAACCUAUGCAUCCGAAGUAUCGCCAGUUCCUUCAAUUGUUCCCUUAUUCGAAGGUGCUAAUUGGUAUGAAAGAGAGACUUACGAUUUGUUUGGUAUCUUUUUUGAAAACCAUCCAGAUUUAAGAAGAAUCCUAACCGAUUAUGGUUUUGAAGGUCAUCCAUUGAAAAAAGAUUUCCCAACAACUGGUUACACUGAAGUAAGAUACGACGAAGAAAAAAAAAGAAUCAUUUAUGAACCUUUAGAAUUGACUCAAGCUUUCAGAAAUUUCUCUGUUGGUAGUUCUGUUUGGGAACAAGUAGGCGAAGGUAAAGACUACACUCCAACUGAUUUCAAAUUGCCAACUCCAGAACCUGAGCCACAACCUGAAUCAACUGAAAAGAAAUAAUAAUUUUAUUCAAUAAAUAAAAAUACAAUUACAAUAAAUUACAAUAAAUUACAAUUUAUUUCAAUUUUUUAGUUAAUAACCUCAAUUACAAAUACUAAGAAUUCUCCCCUUAAAAAUUCCCAUCAAUAAUUUUAUAAUCCAAUUCAUGAUUUUUUUUCCUCAAAAC